CACGGAGCACAAAAUGGCGGUGUGCGGCGACAUAAAAUCAUUCGCCGGUGAAAAAUGGGACGUCUUCGCGGAACAACUGGACUGUUUCAUGAUAGUCAAUGACAUUCCAAACGAAAAGAAAGUGCCACUGUUAAUAACAAAAUUAGCACCGGAAGUAUUUGAAAUCCUGCAGUGUCUAUGUAGCCCUGUCAAACCAAACAAACUAUCAUAUGAAGAACUAUGUUCAAAGUUGAAAGAAAAGUAUGGAAAACCACUAUCUACGGCUGUUGAAAGGGCUGAAUUUAGGCGACGUAACCAGUUACCUAAUGAAAAAAUACAGGACUAUGUACUGAAUCUGAAAAGAUUGGCUAUAAAGUGCAACUUCAAAGACACAGAUGAUCAAAUCAAGGAAAAAUUCAUGGAUGGCGUUACAUCAAAGGUUAUUAAAUACGAAUUAAUGAAAAAUGCAGACAACAGGUCACUAGAAAGCUGUAUCGAAUGUGCUAGAAAUAUAGAAGCAGCCCUGAUGCUCAGUGACCCUUCACCUGAAACCUCAGAAGUAUUUUACAAUAAACAAAAGGAUUACCAAAGGACAAAACAACAAACAACAACCAAGGGACAGAAAAGUUACAGACCAAAGAACCAGCAGUGUUAUUGUUGUGGUAAAAAUAACCACUUGAAAGCGGAGUGUUCUCUAAGAAAUAAAUAUUGUUCGGAAUGUGGUCAACAAGGACACAUAUUCAGAAUGUGUGAAAGAAAGCAACGAAAAACCAACAUUUUGGAACUGGAGACUUCAAAGCCUAUAGAAGAAAAUGAGGAGGCAAUUGAUUCUAUUAAAAAUCUAUAUGAAGAAUAUGAGACAUAUACUUUUAAUAGUACGCACAACAAAUCAUAAAGAGCCAGUUCGCAGAAGUAUUUAGCCCUGGUUGGGG